CCUAAUAAUUUAUGAGAGGUGAUCAAUAAUGGCUGCUAGCUAGGCUGCUAGGUUCAUGCACGGAAAGAACAGAAUAUUCCAGACGAAGACAACUUGGUCUUCUUGGCGAAUUUUAGAAGCACGGUAAUGGCGUUGUAUAAAGCGGGCCGGGCCGGGCCGGGGCCUGGGGCUUGUAUCUAGCUGCUUAACAAUUCCGCCAUCGAUGGCGGUGAAAAAGGUAUUUCAGAUCAUGAUUGUGCUCUUGUGUUCAAUUGAUGCAAUAUUAUUUGUACAAGCAGCGGGUUUAGCAAUUAGUAGUUCAUGUGAAGCAAAAAGCUCAUGUGGGAAUGUUAGCAAUAUACCAUACCCUUUUGGAAUAGGAGCUGGUUGCUACAUUGAUGACUGGUUUGAAGUAGUUUGCAAUGACUCUUUCAGCCCUCCCAAACCUUUCUUGCGGAGAAUCAACCUGGAGGUGCUCAACUUUUCAUAUGGAAUUGGAAGCAAUUCUUCAGGAAUUCGAAACACAGUUGGCGUCAAUUAUCCGACAUUUUCUAUUUGUAACAGUGAUUCAAGCAAGAAAGAAAAUGAGGAGUUAUUAGCAAGCCCUUUCAUCUUCUCUCAAUCCCAAAACGCAUUCAUCGUCAUGGGUUGCGACAACUUUGCCUCAAUGAGGUCCUCAGACGAUGGUUCAGUUAUUGGGUGCAUGUCAAAUUGUGAUGCGAGUAUAGUAGUGAUAAAUAGUAGUACUUGCCUUGGCACUAGCUGCUGCCAAACCACAAUUACUUCAGAUCUCAUUACGUUCGAGACAAAUAUAGAUCCAAUAAAUAUUAGCAACCCUGUAACCGAAGGAUGCAAGUCUGCAUUCUUGGUAGAAGAAAAGUGGUUCAGGGAUAUUGGUUUAUUAAUAAAUAAGUCCUCCAUUAUGUCGCACGUUCCUGUGGUGUUGGAAUGGGGGAUUCUUAAUACAUCAUUCUACACACUUCCAAUAGCCAAUAAGACCGCAGAAGAGUACUAUUGUUAUAAUCAUAAUUAUAUUUCAGAUAGCGAGUACCAGACCUCUUAUACAUGUUAUUGCAAUAAGGGCUUUGAAGGAAAUCCCUAUCUUGUUGGAGGAUGUGGAGAUAUUGACGAAUGUGAGGUCCUGGGCGCGCGCGGAGUGUGUUUCAAUAAUGGAUUCAGGAGUGGAUACUGUGAAAAUACAUAUGGGUCUUACGUGUGUAGGAUGCUUGAUACCAACACUCGGGUUAAACUGCUCACAAUAGGUCUUAGCAGUGGCGGCCUUGGGCUAUUGGUUCUACUUUUUGGUGGAUGGUGGUCGUACAAAGUGAUAAAGAAAAGGAGGAUGAUUAAACAGAAGAACAUGUUCUUCAAACGAAAUGGUGGUUUAUUGUUACAACAACAAUUAUCUUCACAUGAAACAAAUGUUGAGAAUACCAAAUUGUUUAAUUCAAAAGAAUUGGAGAAGGCAACUGACCGUUUUAAUGUGAAUAGAAUACUUGGCCAGGGAGGACAAGGCACCGUUUACAAAGGCAUGUUGGUAGAUGGAAGAAUCGUUGCAGUGAAAAAGUCCAGGGUAAUUGAUAAAGGAAAACUCGAAGAAUUCAUAAAUGAAGUUGUCAUUCUUUCACAAAUUAAUCACAGGAAUGUGGUUAAGCUAAUUGGAUGUUGUUUGGAGACGGAAGUUCCUUUGCUAGUUUAUGAAUACGUUCCUAAUGGAACUCUUUUCCAAUAUGUCCAUCACCAAACAGAAGAGUUUCCACUAACAUGGGAUAUGCGCUUACAAAUUGCAACAGAAGUUGCAGGAGCUCUCUUUUACUUACACUCAGCAGCUUCCUCGCCCAUUUAUCAUCGGGACAUUAAGUCUACAAACAUACUCUUAGAUGAUAAAUAUAGAGCUAAGGUAGCUGACUUUGGAACUUCAAGAUCCGUCACUAUUGACCAAACACACUUAACCACCCUAGUGCAUGGCACUUUUGGAUACUUAGACCCUGAGUAUUUCCAAUCAAGCCAGUUUACAGAAAAGAGUGAUGUUUAUAGUUUUGGUGUUGUCCUUGCUGAGCUGUUAACCGGCAAAAAAGCGAUCUCUUCAACGAGCACACAAGAAUCCAAAAGUUUAGCCACAUAUUUCAUUGAAUCCGUGGAGGAGAACAAUUUGUUUGAUAUUCUUGAUAGUCGAGUUUUGAAAGAAGGUAAGAAAGAAGAUAUCAUUACAGUCGCAAACCUUACGAAAAGGUGCUUGUACUUAAACGGGAAGAAACGUCCAACAAUGAAAGAAGUCGCAAUGGAGUUGGAAGCCGUUCAAAUGUCGCAAAAAGCUCCUAACCUUCAACAAAACUAUGAAGAGCUUGAAUAUGUCAAAGCAGAAAUGUACGAGCCAUGGGAUGUUCCCUCAUCAACAAUGUCAACCUCAUCUCUAGACGUUCAACCAUUAUUGUCUUCCCAAUCAGUAUAAAUUAGUAUUUGUUUAAUGUAAUGUUGUAGGCUACAAAUAAACCUUGUCCGCUUCAACCCAGAAUUAACUCCAAUAGCUGUAGGGUUUUUUCUAUGAUUUGAAUGAGGAUAAAUAAACUAGGAGAAUAUUUGAAUUUGAUUAAAGUUUGAGAACACUUAAUAUUAUUGAUAAUAACUUCCAAGUCUUGAUCA